AUUUUUACAGUUGCCUUUUCUCUGUGGUAAGCAAUACCAGUUUUCCAUUUGCAGUAAUAAGUGUACGUUUUCCUUUUAAAAUAAAUGUAAGUUUAAAAAUAGUUGAUUUAAACGAUAAAUAAAUAAUAUAGUACUGAGAUAUGACCAAAAAAAUGAAGGCAAUUUGCAGAUGACUGAAGAUUGGGAGACUUUAGGAAACAUUAUAUUCUAUGUUCAAGCCAGUUAAUUUUCUUGAGUACACGUUGGGUGCUGGGGGGCCGUCUUUUUUUCUGCGUUAGGUACUUUCAAACUCAUAACGCAGAGAAGCCACAUCUACCACCAAUUCUAGGAAGAGGCCGAAUGUACCAAGUGCUAAAACAGAUGAAAGACAGACUGAGGUCAAGACUAGGUCCUUGUUUGAUUACUAGUAUCAUUCAAGAAAAUGCUAGAAUAUAUAGGAACAAAAUAACAAUUCAAAGUACAAGUAAAAACAAAAACCCAGAUUAAUUUAGGCAUUGUUGGUUGGAGGAAGGGAUGUUGAUAGGACACUAUUUUAGAGAUAAUUUGCUUUUGAAAUUAAGAACAGGGAACAUGAAUCAUUAAUUCAACAGGCUAUAUUCAGGUUCCAUACACUGUGGCCUUUCUGCCUCUACGGUUUUCUCUCUUAGUAACCUUGAAGUCACCCUUGGCUUCCCCUAUCCCGUUAACUAUAUCACAGUUAAAGAAAGUAUAAUAGAGGGUUUAUGAAUAUAUAGUCUGAAGCUAGACUGCCUGAGUUCAAAUUCCAGUUUCAGUACUCAUUCAUUGUGUGGAUUGUGGUCAUGUCACUUAAUUUUUCUCUGCCUUCAUUUUCUCUUCUGUAAAAUAAGGAUGUUAAUGGUACCUGUACUCUAAGGUCAUACCAAAAAAAAAAAGAAACAAAAAAACCCAUUGCUACCAAGUCAAUUCCAACUCAUAGAGACCCAAUAGGACAGAGUAGAACUGUCCCAUAGGGUGUCCAAAGAGCAGAUGGUGGAUUCGAACUGCCGACCUUUUGGUUAGCAGCCAAGCUUUUUAACCACUGUGCCACCAGGGCUCCUGUAAGGUCAUAGGAAGGAUUAAAUGAGUUAAAUAAUUAAGUGGAUAAAGAAUUUAUAACACCACUUGGUACAUGGUAAGUACCCAAGAAAUGUUAGCCAUUAUCACCAGUCAGUAAGUCCUGUCCCUUUUGUUUCCUAAAGACAUUUUUGAAUGUGCCCUGCUAAUUCUGCUACCACUGCCUUAGGUUAAGACUUUAUGUUGUCACACUCCUACAACUCAACAACAAAAAGACAAAUGACCCCAUUAAAAUAUGGGCAAAGGACUUAAAUAGACUUUCUCCAAAGAAGAUAUAAAAUGGCCAAUAAACACAUGAAAAGGUGCUCAAGGUUGUCAAGGUUGUUAAUUAUUAUGGAAAUGCAAAUCAAAGCCACAAUGAGAUACCACCUUACACCCACUAGGAUGGCUAUGAUCAAAAUAACAGAAAACAAGCGUUGGCUACAAUGUGGAAAAAUUGGAAUCCUUAUCCAUUGCUGUUGGGAGUAUAAAAUGGUUCAGUCACAGUAUAAAACAGUUUAGCAGUUCCUCAGAAAGUUAAUAGAAUUAUCAUAUGGCCCAGAAAUUCCCCUCCUAGCAAUUCCCAAAUGCUUUGAACGCAGGGACUGAAACAGAUACUUGGACAUCAAUGUUCACUGCAGCAUUAUUCACAAUAGCCAAAAGGCGGAAACAAACCAAGUAUCCAUCGAGAAAAGAAUUGAUGAACAAAUGUUGUAUAUAUACAUACAAUGGAAUAGUAUUCAUCCAUGAAUACAUGUAUGAACCUUGAAAACAUUGUUGAGUGAAAGUCAGACACAAAAGGACAAAUCAUAUGCUCCUGCUUAUAUGAGAUAUUAGAAGAGGCAAGUAUAUAGAAACAUAUUUAUCAGUCAUUAUCAGGGGCAGGUGGGAGAGGGGACAAAGGGAAACUCAUUGCUUAGGGGACACAGAACUUCUGUUAAAGGUGAUGAAAAAAUUUGGAAAUGGAUAGUGGUGAUAGUUGAAUACGAUUGAUGUAGUUGAUAUCACUAAAUUGUACAUAUGAAAGAUGUUGAAUUGGCAAAUGUGUAAUCUACAUUUUUACAACAAUAAAAAUAUCGUUAAAAGGGCUGACUUUUUGUUAUAUGUAUUUCGUCACGGUAAAAAAGACUUUAUGUUGUCACAAUUGCAAUCGUGCCUUAAUUAGUCUUGCCCCCUUCCCACACCCAGUCAUACUCUCUGUUUCACUUGACUGUGUGACACACACCUGCUCAAUUUUACACACGAAGCUCAGGUGUUUACCUGUGUGAAAUGUCCCUGAUUCCCUACCAUAAGUCACUUAAGACUCCUCAUGUGCAUUCAGGUCACUUUGAGCAUACCUCCACCAUAGCACAUUUCACAUUGUUUUGUGACUGCAGAUGUUCCCUGCACUGUGACCACCUAGGCAGAAGAAUGUUAUGUGAGUUGAAUGGGUGGUGUCAGGAAAAGCCAUCUACAAUUUGCAAAACGAAGAGACCAAGGGGUGUGUGUGUGUGUGUGUGUGUGUGUGUGUGUGUGUGUAGGGUAUAUGUUCAAAAGUACAAGUAGUUCCCAGCCUAUAAAUGGUGUGUCUUCUUGUUCUAAAGGUUUAUUUACAAACCAUAUGUUUGGAUAAAGGAUUGCAUUCUCCCAUAUUAUACAUGAUGGUGAGAUUUCUGACCCCUCCCCAAAUUUGUAUUUAAUCUACUUAAGUUAGAAUCAACUCGAUGGGAAUGGGGUUAAGUAGCUGGCCCGUCCCAUAGACAGUACUAGCCUGAGCCCUAGGCCUGAGAGCAGAAAGUCGGGAAAGGCAUGGUGGAUUCUGGACUGAUCCUGGAAGACCUUGAGUGAUAGAGUGAGCUUUGGUGAGCUUCUUUCAUGACUCCUAAUGCACCUUUUUUUUCUUUCUCAGUUUUUCAUUUUUACAUCUCAGUUUUCUAUCUCCAGGCCCUCAAAGCCCUCCUGCUGCUAACUUUCUUGAAAUAGCACCCCACCCAAAGCUGCAGAGGCUCCAAAAGGCUCUCUCCCACCUGCAGCCCACCCCAUUCCCUCAGGGCAACAGCUCUUUGCUAUUUGAAGAAACUUGAGUGAACUCAUUCACACCAAUGUGUGAAUAACUGAUAAACACCUCAUCCUGGCAGCUGUACUUAUAAUUUUAACAGGCUUCUUGUUAGCUCAAAUGAACCUGUAAUUGCUGCAAUUUUUGGCAGUAGUACAAAGCAAACAAUGUGCUAGUGAGAGUGAGCGAGAGAGAGAGAGAGCGAGAGAGAGAGCGAGAGAGAGAGCGAGAGAGAGCGAGAGAGAGAGAGCGAGAGAGAGAGAGAGCGAGAGAGAGAGAGAGCGAGAGAGAGAGAGCGAGAGAGAGAGAGCGAGAGAGAGAGAGCGAGAGAGAGAGAGCGAGAGAGAGAGAGCGAGAGAGAGAGAGCGAGAGAGGAAGGAAGGGUGGGGGGAAAGGGAGAGUAAGUUAGUUCACAAGUGGGUUCACAUUGUAGAUGAUUUGGGGACAGGGAAAGCUCUGGCUAAGAGUUUUGCCUGAUUUCCCUUUGCUCUUCACCUCCCUCCCCCACACUGUUCUAUGCUUUUCUCUCUUGAAUCCACAGAUUCACUAUAAGCUGUUAGUUGUUUAAUUUAUUUUUUUUAUAAUAGCUCCCAUCACAGUCCUGGGUAAGGUGGUAUUGUGUUUUUUAGUUGUGUGCCAAUCUGGGACCGCCUACAGUGGGAAACAGGGUUGAAUAGAUAGGUGGGGCUGGGGUGGAGGGGAACCUUGAAAAUGGAGUCGACAAAUACAUCCACAAAAGUGAGGAGUCAUGGCAGGUUUUUGAAUAGAAGGUUGAGAUGAUGAAAGUAAUAUGGAAGCCAUAAUUAAUUCUAAAUGUUGAAUUUGAAAUGAUGGGGUAUCAAGUUCACUCUUGGCUCGUGAUUGUUUAAUACAGAAUGCUAUUUUUGGCUACUGUUUUUUCAUUGUCCUGGGACUUCUUCCUUUAACUGCUAUUGUCUGCCUCCCUGACAGUCUGACUGUUCUCUGUGGCUUGGAUCUUAGAGUCUUUUAUGACUCUUGAAUUUCGACCAACCCAUAAGGUUUCUGUGCCCCAGUAACAAAAUUCAAGUUCAGUGUUAGCAAAACAAAGCUCCCUUUUAUAAGACCAAAUUUCUUUUCUUUUACAUAAAAGCCUCCAGUCUUUCUAAUGUAGAACAUCCCAAAAUAGUGGGUAAUGGUCUACAUCAGUUAGCCCUCCCUCACAGCUGGUGUAGACUCACCCCCGCCCCCAACCUUGUUGUAAAUAGGCUCUUCCCUAUGGGGAACCAAUGCUCUUUUAUUCUUUGUAUUGUUCAUUAUGUUAAUAUCCUUAAUAUGUGUAUCCUGCCAGUCCUGCAUAAAGUGGAAGCCAGGAAGUGGGGUGAGAAAGGUAUUGGAGACAUGUCCUUAAACCUAAAUUAUAAUUCUCACAUCAGUGCAGUGUAUUCAUAGUCUUUUAUCAAAUAAAAGAAAUAGGUAUGUUUUUCUCUGUUUUGAAAGUUAGGGGGUUUGUUAGCAUUGGGCCCUCCUGUGCUUCACCUGUAUGUUUUACUCUGCACUGAUCCCCGUACCGUUUUAGUUACUAGGCAUUGGUGAUAUGCAGUGGCUUGCUUGUUUGAAUUCACUGUUUUAUUUUUCGUUCCGUCUAAUGGAGCAGUGAUUGUCAAACUUGAACUUUGUGGCUUACUAUUUCAUCAUCACUGGUUGCAACAAUACUUUAAUAGGGUCUAAUAGUUCAAGGGAUAUGCUUUUAUCCUUUUCAAUUAGCAGUCUGUAGAAAUGACUGGCUUUAGGAGAGACUUUCAUUUUUUCAGUAUUCACUGCACUGGGUGUUGACAAGUCAAUGAAAUGUGUUUCUUUGGUUUCUAGCUUUCCCAAUACUAUUUUGACUUGGAAAAAUGAUUAUUGGCACUUACUGAGACAUCCAACUGUUCAUCCUCCUAUCAUAAAGUUGUUGUGUAUCUACUAUGCCAGGCACCCACACACAGGGUGUCGUGGAUUGAGUUGUGUCCCCCCAAAAUAUGUGUCAGCUUGGCUAGGCCAUGAUUUCCAGUAUUGUGUGGUUGUCCUCCAUUUUGUGAUUGAUGUAGUUUUCCUAUGUGUUGUAAAUCCUAAUCUCUGCCUGUGGUUAAUGAGGCAAGAUUCGAUUAUGUUGAAGAGGAUUAGGGUGGGAUGUAACACCCUUGCUCAGGUCACAUCCUUGAUCCAAUGUAAAGGGAGUUUCCCUGGGGUGUGGCCUGCACCACAUUUUAUCUUACAAGAGAUAAAAGGAAAGGGAAGCCAGCAGAGAGUUGGAAACCUCAUAUCACCAAGAAAGCAGUGCCAGAGGCAGAGCGCAUCCUUUGGACCCAGGGUUCUUGCAUGGAGAAGCUCCUAGUCCGGGGGAAGAUUGACGAGAAGGACUGUCCUCCAGAGCCAACAGAGAGAGAAAGCUUCCCUUGGAGCUGAUGCCUUGAAUUUGGAGUUGUAGUCUACUUUACUGUGAGGAAAUAAAUUUCUCCUUGUUAAAGCCAUCUACUUGUGGUAUUUCUGUUAGUGCAGCACUAGAUAACCAAGACACAGGAUCUAUCAUGAAAACAUUAAUAGGAGUCAUUGCAAUUGUAAUCUUUUAUUUAUUUCUUAUGAUUAACAUCUUAGUUUUGGAAGGCUAAGGCCUUUUAAUGAUUUCUUGUUUAACGAAUUUUCAUCACAAAACAGUUCUUGGGCACAGAAGAGGAAAGAACCUUCGCUGACUUCAUUUCAAUUAUGGAAAAUUGCGUUACUACGUGACAGGAGCCCUGGUUGCACAAUGGCUAAAGCGCUCAACUGCUAUGGGAAAGGUCGGUGGUUUAAACCCACCAGCUGCUCUACGGGAGAAAGAUGUGGCAGUUGGCUUCUGUAAAAAUUUACAGCCUUGGAAGCCCUAUGGAGCAGUUCUACUCUGUCCUAUAGGGCCACUAUGAGUCAGAAUCAACUCAACAGCACACAACAACAACAAUGUGUGACAGGCACUGAAUUAUGUAUAAUAAAAAUAUAAGGAAGACCUAACACCAUCUUUCAGGAGUUUGUAGUCUAGGGAGGCAUAGAAGCAGUUAUAAUCUACAGUGACAGGAGCUAUAAUACUCGAAAUGCUGUAGGGGGUAGAAAAAUUAGCACCUGAGUCCACUAAGGGUUGCUAGGGAAGGUUUCAUGGAAGCAGGUAUGCUUGAACACUUAAGUAUGGCUAGAAGUUUGCUUGGUAGACAAGGAAGGCAGGGGAUUCCAAGUGGAGGGAGUAUCAUAUGCAAAGACACUGAGGCAUGAGAGAGAAUGGCAUGUUUGGGGUAAGUGCCAAGAAAUUGCUAAAUGAGGGAUGAAAGAGAGCUCUGUGAAUGGGCAUUGGAAGAUGUUUCUGGCACAGGUAUAGGUUGAUCAUUUUUCAAAUUUUAUCCUAUAGCUUCCAUGACCUUUUCCUCUCCACUUCCAGCCAUUUGCUACCCUGUGAUCAGUAUGGAAAGAUAUUUUUGUGUGUGUGUGGUGUUUAGGGGUCAUAUUUGUUGCUUUUUCUCCUAAAUUAAAUAUCAAUACAAUGCAGGGGUGACUAGUGAACAGAAAGGGGAAAAAUUGUUGAAUUAGGUGUCAGGGGACCUGGAUUCUUGGUUUUUAGUUCUCUCAGAAGCUCUGUCACUUGAGCCUAGUCAGUUAACAACUUGAUUUCUUCAUUAGGAAAAUGGGAAUAUUAACACCUGCACUGCCUACCUCAGGGUUGGGUUGAAAAUGAUUAUAAGACUCUUUAAAAUUAAGAGGUAUAUUAAAUUCUUUUACUUGAAAUUCUGGUGAUUGAGGCUAUCUACUGAUAAUAAAUAUCUACCGAUUACAAAAUAUUUUGUAGAUUGUCUAGAUUGAAAAGUAAUUGACAAAUAGAAAUAUUCUUACUUUCUCAUUAACUUCAUGUGUCUGCCCUCUGUCUUGGUAUGUCACUUAGCUUAUUUCUAUGUUUCCAAUCUAACAUGAUAGUUUGAACUUCCCAACAAUCGACGUUUAUGUAAACAGCAGUCAAGAAAUCAAAGGACCUCGUAUUGCAUUGAGCAAAUCUGCUACAAAAGACUUCUUCAAAGUUUUAAAAAAACAACGAUGUUACUUUGAUUACUAAGGUGUGCUUGACCGGCCAUGGUAAUUUUAAUUGCUUCAUGUUCGUGCAAAGGUUGUAUAAUGUAAAAGUAAGAUAGAAUAAUUGAUGUGUUCGAACUGUGGUGUUGGUGAAGAAUAUUAAAUACACAGUGGACUGCCAAAACAGCAAACAAAUUGGUCAUAGAAGAAAUCUAACCAGAGAGUUCCUUAGAAGUGAGGAUGGCGAGACUUUGGCUCGCUAACUUUGGAUGUCAUCAGGAAAGACCAAUUGCUGGAAAAGGGCAUCAUGUUUGGUAAAGUAGAAGGCCAAUGAAAUCAAGGGAAACCCUCAGUGAGAUGGAUUGACACAAUAGCUGCAACAAUGGCCUCAAGCAUGCCAAUGAUCAUGAAGAUGGGGUAGGAGCAAGCAACAUUUUGUUUUUAUACAUAAGGUCACCAUGAGUUGGAGCCAACUUGAUGUCAACUAACAACACAACAACAACAAGUACUUUGAAUUAACCGUGAAUGAUUCUUCAAUCAUUUAUGUUACCAUAUAGUGGUAUGACCUGAGUUUUGUUACCUUUUAGAGGUUUAUGAGAAGGUUCUAAUUCAUUCCAGUGGGACUGAGGGGUUAUGAAACUUUGGCCUUCUACCUCUUUUGCCAUUUUCCCUAAUCCAAUGACAGUACAGGCAGUAGUUAUUAGUAGCAGCAAAAGGCACUCCUAGUCAUAUUCUUUCCUUUGACCAUGUCUCCCCCCACCCCACCCUAAUUAGACUGAGUGGUAAUAGUCUUGGCAUCUGAGACUUCAGCUGAAAUAUGAACUUCUGGCUUAUAGAAAUGUGAGCAGUUUCUUACAGUGUAAAUUCCUCUGAGCAACCUUGCCUUAGAUCAGUAGCUCUCAAAAUUGACAGCCUAGGGCAGAAAACUGUAAACCACUAUCCUAAUCUGAGCCACCUUACAUACACCAGAAGAAAAGGGGAAGAAUACUGCUUUGUAUGAGAUAACAUGAUGACGCUAUUUUAAAUGGAAUGUAAGUGAAUUAUUUAUACUAGCCAAAUAUUGACCCUGUCAUCAUAGUCACUAAUAUUAUAAGAGACUUACUUGUGACUUACCAGGACACUGACAGACUAUUAGUGAUUCAUCUGGCAUACUUUGAGAACCUCUGAUUUUUUUUUUUCCUUUUACAGCCUCUAGCUGAAUUUCUUAUGUGAAUUUGGAUAAAAUUAUUCUAGUCGGAAUAUAAUAUGAUUGUUGAUUUUUUUUAUUUCCUGCCAACCCCGAAGGAAAUCUAAGCCCUCUGGCAGUUGAUCAGUUUUCCACAAAACUGAAUGAGGAAAUGGUCUGACUUACUUCUCUUUGUUUUCAAACCUAUGGUACUGUUGAUACAUAGUUUUAAAAUAUUCUUAUGAAGACUUGAGGAAUUAAAUAAUUUUUAUAUCCCUCCAAAUUCUGCCCUUUUUGGAAGAUACCUUGGGAACAGUAUGGCAUGCGUCCAAAAUCAUAUUUUCCUUUUUUUGAAUUUUUUUCCUUAGAAGUUAGUGGAAAAGAAAGUGGUCAGUUUUUGCACUCAGUAAACAGGAAGGAAAGGUUUAGACAGUUUUUAUCUUGGAAAUUUUGUAGUCAUUGAGAGAAUAUUUUCAAGUAUUAACUGCUUUUUUUUGAAACUGUUGGCAGAAUCCUCUUAACCCACCUUAACAUGAAUUGGUUGCCUAAGAUAAAAAAAUUUUUUUAUUAUCUACAUGGAACAAAACACCACGGUUUUUGCGUCAUUACAUAAUCUGAGAGAUUGCACAUACAUAAAAAGGAGACAAAGCUGAAUGCUAAAUGCUAACAUCACUGAAAGUUUGAAUACUUUGACAGUGAGCAUAAUGAGGUUCCAUAGGGAAAGAACACUAAAUAUUUAUACCCCAGAUAUGCUUCUCUGGUGAAGCUUCUUGUCUUUGCUUAAUUUCCCAACUAACACUAUUAUAUCAUAAAAACACCUCCUUCUUAGACUUAGAUUUCCUCUUGUGAUAGCCCAUCCUCAGAGAUCUAAACCUUCUGGAUCCAAUCUUCUACCCUCACUCUCCUAUCCCUUUUUGAAGUCUUCAUGAAUAUGUUUUGUUUAUUGUAUGUUUAUUGAAUUCUCUUGAUUUACUGUAGGUAGUAAAAUAUAAUCACAGUUUUUCCCCCCCUCACAGCUCUCUCUUUCCAACAUCCAGGUCCAUCAUUCAACUACUUUAUUGCUAUCCCUUUGUCAUCAGUUCUCUGGAAUUUUUGAACCAGAGCUAUAAUGUGUAGCGCUAACAAUGUUGCAUAGUAAUGACGGGUUGCUGCUAGACACAGGUCUAACUCUCUUCACAAUUCAUACCUUUUGCUUUUCAGGCUUGGGAACAGUGAAAAAAGUUGCUAAGAUUAGUGUAUAUUGUGAAGGCUAGGAAGGUAGGCUUUCUUAGGCCUGCACAUCCUCAGGCUCUAAUAACCUUUGUCCCAGUCAGUGCUGUGUCCUCACUACCUUGUUCCGCUUAUUGGGCAAAGGAGCAAAAAUAUCUCUUGAACAUUGUGUACUAAGUGUUAGGAAAAGUGCACAGAACCUGUAAUGGAGGUUAAAAAAAAAAUGUAGUCUCAAAUUACCAGGGAAGAUGUCACAGAAAAGAAUGGAAUUUAAGCUGAAUCAGUAAGGAUGGGUUGAGUUCAGAAAAGGGAAGAAUGGGAGAGAUUUCAUGCAGGAGGCACCUCUGGAGCAAAGGAGAGAAUGAACAAGACAUGGUUGUGAGACAGAGUGGAGAGUUGGAGUUAUGAAGUACUAGAACAGUAAACUGGAAGAGUAGGUCAGACCAGCUUGUAGUGAGUUCUUCGUGCCAGGCUGUAUAGAGUUUAUUGAUUUGUUGAUUGGUUGGUUGGUUGCUUGCUUGCUGCAUUCUUUGAGAGAUCCACUCAUUCAACAAAUGGCUACACAUAGCCCACAGGAUAAAACACAAGCCUCUUCACUGGCAUAUAAGGUCUUCUAUGGUUUUGUUUCUGCAUAUGGUAAAAGCCACACUCCUCAACGCUAUUUACCCUAAAUUCUUUCUAGCCAUAUGAAGACUUUCCCAAACCCCCCACUAUGUUGUACUCCCUCAAAUCUCUAUGCCUCUACACAGACUAUUUCUUCUACAGUCCACCUCAUGAAGGCCUCAUUUGUGCUCAGCUGCAGCACGAUAUUCGUUCAUACUCCGCUGCUGUGGUAGCCUUGGCAUAUACUACUAAAGCUUGUACGCCAUAUUUUGUGUUGUCAGUGUACUUCUCUGCUUCCCUCACUUAACUAGGAGCUUCCAGAGAGCAAGGGAUGCUGUCUUAUUUGCCUUAACAACCAUAUCACCCAGCAUAGUUUCUAACACCUAAUAAAUUCUUAACACAUACUUAUUUGUUGAAUAAAAUAUGUAUUGAACACCUAAUUUACAUUAGGUGUAGUGUUAUUUACUCAUUGCUGUUGAGUCAAUUCCAACUCAUAGUGACCCUAUAGGAGAGAGUAGAACUGCCCCAUAGCAUUUCCAAGGAGUGGCUGGUAGAAUCAGACUGUUGACCUUUUGGUUAGCAGCUGAGCUCUUAAUCACUGCAUCACCAGGGCUCCAACCGACUUGAUAGCAACAAGUUUGUUUUUUUUUUGGUAUGGUGUUAUUUUAAGAGAGUCAUCUAGAAGCAAUUUGAUAGAUAGAUUGAAGGUGGGAGAUGCAGGGAAACCACUUAUGUGUUUUUUGCAAAAGAAACUAGAGGGUUGAUUCCUGAAAAAUUGCUAAAGAUAAAAGGAUAGGAUAUAAUGACUAUUAGGGGCAAGGGAGAAGGAAGAGUUAAAGAUAAUGAAGAUUUAAGAGAAUAUGAAAAUAACAGGUUACUUUCAGGUAUUUUUUUUUUCUUUUUUUUAAAUGCGUUUUCUAUGUCAGAUCUCCUGGUGUUAGUAGUCUUUGCCUCACUUCACCUCAGUGUUAACGAUCAAACUUUGUGCCUGUUCAGCUUACUGGAACUAAACACAAGAUUUUCGUGGUUCUAAUCUUCAUAUCUGAUCAGGAGUUUAGAUACGAAAUAUAAAUAGCUCAAUCACGCUGACUACAAUUUCCUAUCAAGGGAAGGUGUGCAUAGAUUUUUGAAUGCAGAAAGCCUGUUUCUGCUUUUGGGAGCUAAAACUGAAGUGUUAUACCAGACAGAGGCACUGGGGUGCGCUACUAUGUAGCAGAGCCUAGCCGUGCAUCACAGCUCUUAACUUUAAAACUCCAGAGAAUUUGAUGAGAGAGGGAUCCACAAGAACAUGACAAAUGAUGAGAGUUCAAACCUUAAGAGAAAAAUGGGCUUAUUGGAGACGGAGGCAAUUGUCUUUAAAACAAGCCGAUUUCAAGGAUAUAUUCAAAAAAUCAACUUCAGGAUCUCUGGUGGAAGAGGAAGACCAACACAUGAAAUUAUCCCUUGGAAGCAGCGAAAUGGGCCUCUCAUCCCAUUUGCAGUCUUCCAAGGCAGGAGCUACACGGAUCUUUACCAGCAAUACCCAUAGUUCUGUGGUGUUACAGGGCUUUGACCAGCUUCGACUUGAAGGAUUGCUUUGUGAUGUGACCUUGAUGCCAGGUGACACGGAUGAUGCCUUCCCUGUGCACAGAGUCAUGAUGGCAUCUGCUAGUGAUUACUUCAAGGCUAUGUUCACAGGUGGAAUGAAAGAACAAGAUUUAAUGUGCAUUAAGCUUCAUGGCGUGAGCAAAGUCGGUCUGAAGAAAAUUAUUGAUUUCAUUUACACUGCGAAGCUUUCUCUUAAUAUGGACAACCUUCAAGACACACUGGAAGCUGCCAGCUUUCUACAGAUUCUGCCGGUUUUAGACUUCUGUAAAGUAUUUCUCAUAUCUGGGGUCACUUUAGACAAUUGUGUCGAAGUUGGGCGGAUUGCAAAUACCUACAAUCUGACAGAAGUGGAUAAAUACAUUAAUAAUUUUGUCCUGAAGAAUUUUACUGCAUUGCUGAGCACCGGGGAGUUCUUGAAACUCCCUUUCGAGCGGCUUGCCUUUGUGCUUUCCAGUAAUAGCCUUAAGCAUUGCACUGAACUUGAGCUCUUUAAGGCUACCUGUCGCUGGCUACGCCUGGAAGAGCCUCGAAUGGACUUUGCUGCAAAAUUAAUGAAGAACAUACGAUUCCCACUGAUGACACCACAGGAACUCAUUAAUUACGUGCAAACCGUGGACUUCAUGAGAACUGACAAUACUUGUGUGAAUCUGCUUUUGGAAGCCAGCAAUUACCAAAUGAUGCCAUAUAUGCAGCCAGUGAUGCAGUCAGACAGGACUGCCAUUCGGUCUGACACCACUCAUUUGGUUACGCUAGGAGGAGUGCUGAGACAGCAGCUGGUUGUCAGCAAAGAAUUGCGCAUGUAUGAUGAAAAGACCCACGAGUGGAAAUCAUUGGCCCCCAUGGAUGCCCCAAGGUACCAGCAUGGCAUUGCUGUCAUUGGAAAUUUUCUCUAUGUCGUUGGGGGGCAGAGUAAUUACGACACAAAAGGAAAGACAGCAGUUGAUACCGUCUUCAGAUUUGAUCCUCGAUACAAUAAAUGGAUGCAAGUUGCAUCUUUAAAUGAAAAGCGCACCUUCUUCCACCUAAGUGCUCUGAAAGGAUAUCUGUAUGCAGUCGGUGGGCGAAAUGCAGCUGGUGAACUCCCUACAGUAGAAUGCUAUAAUCCACGAACAAAUGAAUGGACCUAUGUUGCCAAAAUGAGUGAGCCCCACUAUGGACAUGCUGGAACUGUGUAUGGAGGAGUAAUGUAUAUUUCAGGAGGAAUCACUCAUGACACUUUCCAAAAGGAGCUCAUGUGCUUUGACCCUGAUACUGACAAAUGGAUCCAAAAGGCACCGAUGACCACCGUCCGAGGUCUACACUGCAUGUGUACAGUGGGAGAAAGGCUUUAUGUCAUUGGUGGCAAUCACUUCAGAGGAACAAGUGAUUACGAUGAUGUCUUAAGCUGUGAAUACUAUUCACCUAUCCUUGACCAGUGGACCCCAAUUGCUGCCAUGUUAAGAGGGCAGAGUGAUGUUGGGGUCGCUGUCUUUGAAAAUAAAAUCUAUGUGGUUGGUGGGUAUUCCUGGAAUAAUCGCUGCAUGGUAGAGAUUGUGCAGAAAUAUGAUCCAGAUAAAGAUGAAUGGCAUAAGGUGUUUGAUCUCCCAGAGUCCCUUGGUGGCAUCCGAGCUUGUACACUCACAGUUUUCCCUCCCGAAGAAACCACACCUUCACCUUCUAGAGAGUCCCCUCUUUCUGCACCGUAAGACCAUGCCUGAAACUAAGAUGCUAUAGUCCUGUCUUUGCAAUGUGUCAUGGAUUCUCUUCUUUUUUCCCCUUUAGUAGUAUAUGUUAGGAUUAGCCUCCAGUAAUUGAUACAGAUAUCGGGAAAAACAGUGGUGUUGAUGUUAUUUGUGCUGUUUGUUUGGCUUAGAAUGUUUAUAAAGUGGUAACACAUAUUCUGGGUUGUAUCCCAUAGAAGCUGAUGUUUAACAUAUAUAUAAUAAAAAAAAAACCAAGGUGUUGUCUAUAAAAUGUUCAUUCAGUACUUUAUUUUGAUGCUGUGUACUGAGUGUGAGAUAUUUGUCAUCUUACAUUAGAAAGCCCAAUAAGUCACGUUGGAGGUGAACUAUAGUAAGUGUACAACUGUGCUCACUAGGCUUCAAAGUAAAAAGUUUUCCUUUCAUCUUUAACUGUAAGAUGUCAAAGGGAGGCAGCCUACUCCAACAGGAAGCACACAAAAGGUUGCCAACUCGCAUGAGCUACCUCCCUCUUUUCAUAAAGUAUUUUUUGACAUAUCUGUCAACCCACCUGACUGUGUGGGUGCAUUGAGAACAUAUAAAGUUUCUUAGACACACAGGAGAAAUAAUAAAUAUAAUUUACCAAGAUUAAUUAAACAAAACAAAACAAAAAACAUGACCCCUCUACCUACAGGCAAGGGGUUGGGCCUUUUAAAGUGUGUAUAAAUUCAGACACACACAUACUGAUAUGAAAUAAUGAAAUACGCGAUUUUUUAAAUUGAAUGACACUUCAAAUAAAUGUGAAGUUUUUAAAGAAAAAUUUUUCUUCCAAAAAGCAGCUUCCAUUAAAACGGGAAUUCAGUAUGAACAUAGAAUGGUACAACCAUACUGAAUUUAGGUGGAUAAGGGCUAGAAAUUUUGAGCAACUCAAUUUGUCACAUGACCAAAUUUUACCUUCGAAAACUAUAUUCUGCUCCUUCUCCUUUGCUGUUGAGGUAACUUACAUAUUGUAUGUAUUCAAUAUACUCUUAGUUCAUGAGGUUAUUUAGCACAACGUGCAGCAGCUUCACCUGGAGAGCUGCCUCUGCUCAGUGAAUUCGACGUCCAUGUUUUAUCUUUUUUUGGUAAAUAAAAAUCAUUCAAUGUCAUUUUCGUCUGAGACAUUGC